AUGGCUGCCAGAAAGCUAAAACCCUGCCACCUCAAAGCAAUAAUAAGAGGUGCCUCUUGCCAUCUGGAACUGAAAAACUAUGUUGAGGCUGUGAACUGGUGCGAUGAGAGGCUGCAGAUAGCUGCCACAGAGAAGAAGCUUCUGGACCUGAGGGCUAAAGCAGACAAGUUGAAGCGAACUGAACAGAGGGAUAUAAGGAAAGCAAAGUUGAAAGAAAAAAAGAAGCAGGAUCAGAAUAAGGCUUUACUCCAGGCCAUCAAGGCUAGGAACAUCAAGCUAGUUGCUGAAGCUCCUGGAGAGGAUGAAGACUCAGCCUCAGAAGGUCUCAGUGAGCUUGUCCUGUAUGGCCUCAGCUCUGAAAACCCCUGUGGAACCAGGCUGAGUGUGGAUGACCAGGGAAGACUGAGCUGGCCUGUGCUCUUUCUGUACCCGGAGUAUGCGCAGUCGGACUUGUCUCUGCUUUUCACGAGGACUCCAGGUUUAUUGAUCAUCUAA